CGGAAGUAAGCAGAAGGGAACCCUCUUGCUCGACGUACGUCAGGGUAGCUCUGCACUGCGACGCAUGUUUUCUAGUGGGAGUGACGCUAGCAGCACGUUGCGAUUGACGUGAUCUCAGUCGCCUUCCUUCAAUUUCUUGCAGUUACCAUAUUACAAACUUCAAAACCAACGUCUUCAACCUGAACGCCACCCAGAAAACGAAUACUGAGCGCCAGGGAGACUUCCUUCCUCACUGACUUGUAACUAUUAUGGCCGGUAGCACCACCAAGACAGUGCACGAUAUCUUUCAAAGUAUGGAGUACGGACCCGCAGCAACUUCCAGCACUGCCACUGCACAGGCCUGGCUGGACCACCAUUCUCGUUCUCUGGGCGUGUUCAUUGAUGGCAAGUUUGUCCGUCCAGCAGACAGACAGAGUCGCUCCCUGGCUGAUUCUAAAGGUGGUAACGUGUGCAGCACAGUGUGCUCCGGGGAGGACGACGUUUCCCAGUGUGCCUCCUCUGCCGUUAAGGGACACAAGGCCUGGGGGGACCUGAGCUGCUACCAGAGGGCCAAAGUGCUGCUCAGGUCGGCGAGCGUUCUCGGGCAGCACGGUCCGUGUGUGUCGGAGCUGUGCGAGCUGUGCGAGGCCUCCUGCUCUCCCUCCAGCCUCGUCCGACUGCUGCAGUACUACAGCAGCUGGGCGCAGCUCAGAGACACUCUCAUCGCCAACUGGACGCCACUAGGUGUGGUGGCAGUAUUUGCCUCUGAUGACUGCUCUCUCUAUUCCCUUAUGGUCAAAGUCCUGCCAGCCCUUGCCAUGGGCAACUCCGUCAUCGUAAUCCCUGGUCAGAGAAUCGCCCCUCCAACGCUGCUAUUGGCGCAGCUUUUUAUGGGUGCAGGGCUACCUGCUGGGGCUCUUAAUGUCUUAACAGGAAGUGAUAUGUUGCUGUGUGCCAGAGUGGCCCAGAACGCCAGCGUCAGCUACGUCACCUACAGCGGCAACAAGCAGGAUGGGGUGAUGCUGUGUAAGGCCACAGCAGGGAUGGGGGUACCCGUUUCUGUCUCCCCUAACAUCGGUGCUAGGUGUCCCUUCAUCAUCUUUGAGUCGGCCGACAUCGAUAGCGCAGUGGAUGCAGUGAUAGAGACAGCCUUCAAGAAGAAAAGAGAGGUCCACUGGGUGUUGUGCGUGCAGGAGAGUGUGCUGGACAGCAUUGUGGCCCGUCUCAGGCUCCGUAUGGCAGGGAUGAAGUGUGUGGCCCUGCACAGCGACGGGGACAGGGGCCUGGUGGAUGCUGCAGUACAGGACGCUCAGCAGCAGGGGGCCACGCUGGUUCAGUCCUGCGCCGCCCCCCCUUCAGCUGCUCAGUACCCUCCCACAGUGCUCUGCGGGGCGGCCCCCUCCUCUCCGUUCGUGGUCAGCCCCGCUCCCGGACCACUGCUGCCUCUCAUGACCUUCAGAAGCAACACAGAAGCAGUCGCCCUCGGGAACCACAGUCCUCAUGGCCAGGCCGCCUCCAUCUGGACCGAAGACCUCACACUGGCUUUGGAGACGGCUAAGAGUCUGUCAGUUGGCUCAGUGUGGGUGAAUUCCCACUCCGUGUCUGACCCCUGUCUGCCUGUCUCUGGUCACAAAGACAGCGGCACCUGCACUGACGGAGGACAGGAGGGUCUGUACCAGUUUCUACGCCCGUCCUCUUCUUCCUCCCCUCCUCUUCCUCGCUCCUCCCCCGUCUCUAUGGAUUACUCAAAGUUUGGAACAGCAGCAUCCCCAGCUAUCAUUCCUGAUGACUCAGACCCUGCCAGUGCUCCAAAGGUCUACCUGCAGUUUGUCGGCGGUAAGCCUUGCAAGUCAGUGUCUGGCUGCAGUGUGGCUGUGCAGUCACCAGUGGGCGGUGGUGUGUUAGCCUACUGUCAAGAUGGAGGCAGGAAAGAUGUCCGUAAUGCCGUGGAGGCUGCUGUCAAAGUCCAGCCUGGCUGGAUGAAAAAGAGUCCCUCUGCACGCGCUCAGUCUCUCUACUCUCUGGCCAAGGGCUUGGAGGCAAAGAGGCGGGACGUAGCUGCAUCAAUCAAUGUUCAGACCGGCCUCUCGAUGGACGAGGCCGAUAAGGAGGUGGAGCUCAGCAUCGCCAGGCUGAGUGAUUGGGCGGCUUACUGCGAUAAAAUCCAAGGAGGAAUUCCGCCUCUGCCACAGUCUGGCUCUGCUCUCUCCCUCCCUGAAGCCCUGGGAGUCGUGGGGAUCGUCCUCCCCGACGAGAGUCCCCUCCUCUCUAUGGUGACACUUCUCGGGGCAGCCAUCGGCAAUGGCAACGCUGUCAUCAUGGUCCCCAGUCAGAAGUACCCACUACCAGCCUUGGCAUUCAUUCAGGUGCUCCAGUCUUCAGACCUGCCAGCAGGAUUGGUAAGCAUCAUUACAGGAAGUAGAGACCAGCUGACCGUGGCUCUGGCUAAUCACAGCGUCAUCAAGGCCAUCUGGUACUGGGGCAGUGCUGAGGGCUGUCAGUACCUCCAGUACACCUGCACCAGUCCUCUGAAGACCCUGCUCCUGUCCUGCCCAAAGGAGGAUGGAGGGAAAGACUGGACCCAGUCUCAUCCAUCACUCCUGGAGGAGAUGUGGAGAAAUGCCGUCCAGUGGAAGAGUGUCUGGAUUCCAACAGCAUAAAAAGCCAAGAGGGAGGGAUUUCAUUCAGUUAAAUUUUGACCUGUGGGGUGUAGAUUUAAGAGGAAGGAUCAAAAAUGAACUGUGACCAUGAAAAUAUCAAGAUGUCAGUGAAAUCAACAGUGACCAAACAACAAUUACCCCCCCAUAAUUGAAGCCCACACAUCACAUACGCAGUUUUCAAUGAUAUCAAUUGUAGACAAUGUUUCCUUGAUUUCAGACAGAGGUAGACAAAAGAUUUGUUCUAAGUGAAGUUGUGUAACCUGAAGAAAUGUGGCACCAAGCAGCCAGCUCACUUAAAACAGUCAACCUCAUCAACAAAAACAAAGAAAAAGAAGUGAACACACAUCUUAUAAUCAUGGAAAUGUUAUGACCAAGGAACUGUUAAUAUCAUAAUACACAGUACAGCCAUACACGCCUCAGGUAUUUUCAAUAGCUUGCAGUUUCAGCAGCCCCAAGAACUUAUGAAAUACUUUAUAAUUGAACAUGCAAUGUUAAAAUGAAGUUAUGAGUAAAUAUGAAACUCUGUCCUGUUAUCUGUUGAAAUGGAUUUAAACAAAAUGCAACUAAUUGUUAAGUUUCUUUCAAAAAGGAUCAAAAUGCUACUUAAAAUCAGAUCAGCAUCAGAGACAGGUCUGACAACUGGUAUUUAUUAAGCAGGUAGGUAGUGAGUGAGUGAGCAGAACAGGACCUUAAAAGGUUAAAUAUAUUAACAUAUUAAAAUAUUUUACACAGAUUCUUCUAGCUCGUCGGAUCAAUACAUUGUUUUUUUUUGUGUUUUAACAGGCUUUAUUGAUAGUAAAAAACAUUUCUGACAUAAGUUCAGGUGAAUUAUUAUUUUCUGAGUUCCUUAAUUCUUCUUUCAUCUGUGAAACAGGUGAAAAAGUUUUGGCAAGUGAUUUUUGUUCAAAUAAUUUGUCCAUGCAACACAAGGCUCCUAUGUUGAGUGUUUGCAAGUUUUGUAACAUUACUCUCUUGUCUUUUGGCUAGAAAUGUAUUUUAAAAGUCGCUAAUUUGCCUUUAAAAACAUGAAUGCAUUUAGUCUUAUUUAAAACAUGGGUUAGUGGUAAUGAUCCUGACACAAAACAAAAUCUUCUGCCAAAACUUGUUCACCUUUUUUGACAGAUGG